CAUAGUUUACGCAUAAAAACUGACAAAACAUUGUUACCGAGUUUAUUACCAACGUUUACGAGCCAAGUACCGCUUGCUAUUUGAAAGGAAAUCAGUUAAAAUGGUGCACAUUAAAAGUCAUAGUUUGAAAUUCGUGUUUUUCCUAUUUUGCUUGUCACAGGUACAAGCAGGCACAAAACUUCUUCCUGACAAACCAGAUAGUCCAUUUGAUGAAUUAUUCAGAGAGUUCUCCAAGUCAGUUACCAAAAUUUCAGAAAAGAUCCAAUUAAGAUUAUCCGAAUCUGAUGUCCAUGCCGAUAAGUAUUUCGACCAUUUGAAAGAAAACGUUGAAAACACUAAUGAACAUUUUCAAGAAAUUCUUCAAAAGGUCCAUGAAAGAGUAGAAAAAUUCCAAAAACAGAUGUAUGAUGCUGUUCAACAACAAAUCGAACGUGUGAGCGAAGAAUUAAAAGCCAGGGAUCCAGAAAUCGGCGAGAAGGUCAAGAAAUUAAAAGCAGAAUUAGCCGAUUUGAAAGAAGACCUUAUGAAAUUAUAUGAAGAAAUCAAGAAACUGUUUUUGGAACGUUUCAAUGAGUUGAGGGACGAUAUUAGAAUCAAAACCAAACCAAUCGUCAAACGUUGGACACCAAUCGUCAAGGACAUAGAAGAGAUUAUAUUGGCUUUGAUCCCUGAUAAGAAGAAAGAAAUCAAGAAAAACUAAUAAAUAAGACUUAUUAAUUUCAUAUACAAUUAACAUUUUAUUUGUUGUAUUUUCUAUUAAUAAUGUUUUGAAAUAUUAAUUUGCUGUAAAAAGUAAAACUUGUCAUACAAAUUUUACUUUUACCUAUUUUAUUUUUUACUAUUAUAAUAUAUUAUCCAUUACUAAACCUAUAAACUACUUUCUUUAGUGCUGAUCCAAAGGUUAUCAUUUAUCAAAGGAAGUAUGAUUACGGAUGAUCGUUCGACUUUACAUCUCAUCACGGAUCGACUAAAGUCUAAAUAUUUUAUAACAGAUAACUUUAAUUGGCAUUUUAUUCAACUGUGGGUGCCAUUAUUGUUUAUCGAGUAAGUGUACUAGACUAAUAUGGACCACUGUUUGCUUAUCGAAUACAUAAUAAUAUAAUAAUUAGUAGGAACUCGA